GGUCAUUCCCCAAUCACAUCAGAUCAGAACCACACCCAUGACGCAGAUCCUCCGCUAACGGCGACGGAGGCUGCAAACCAAAAAAACCCUUCUCGAAUCUGAAGAAGUAACACACUUUCCAAUUUCCAAAGCAACAAGUUAGGGGGCGCCUCAUGGAGUUGCAAUCAGAUGAAAAUUCACAGCACACACCUGUUUCUUCCAAUGAUGUUGAUGGUCUGCAUAAUGAUGUGGUGGCUGAUGCCUCAAACCACAGAGACACUGAGCAAAAGCAUGAUUUUUCGAGUGAAGGAGUUACACAGAUUCUUCAAGUUAUUGCAUCCACUGGGAGGUUCUGGCAUGACUGGGAUAAGUUAAAGAGUAUGUUAUCGUUUCAGCUGAAGCAGUUAUUGUCAGAGUACCCUGAGGCAAAAAUGGAAAGUGAGCAGCAAUAUGCUUCAUUAGGAGAAUCCUACUCUGAGUUGGUCAACAAAUUGGAUGAAGAAAUUACUUGUUUCAUUGAAGGCCCUCCAUUUACUUUGCAAAGGCUUUGUGAGAUCCUAUUGGACGCAAAAAGUAUUUAUCCAAAUCUUUCAAAGCUUGCUUUAGCUCUUGAAAAGAACUUGUUAGUUACAUCUACGUUGACAAUAUGUACUGAUCCAUACCCCCAAGCUACAGUACAAGAGCCAGAUGACCAAGAGAAGGCAAGUGAAAAGCAGCUGCAGAAAUCCCACAGUACAGAAAAUGGCAUUGAGCCUCUGGUAGCCGACAAGGAUGAAGUAAUGGCUGAGGCUGAUAUUGGCGAUGAUAUGACCAUUGACAUGGAACCUUUUGAGGACGUUAAAUCAUCAGAAACAAAUUCUGAGCCAAAUGCUAAUAAUGUAUAAGCGUCGUGGUUACUGUCUAUCUUAAAAUCCAUAAAACUCUGAUUAGCUCAUAGGCUCGGGUGUUUUCUCCUGGCGAGCUCCUAAUGCUACGAAGACAACAUGGACCUUGGUUGUUGCAUAGUGCUGUAAUCACUGGUUUAGUAAUCCUUGGAGCUAGGAUUUCUUAGCACUUAAAAUGAGAACAAGGUUUCUGUUUUUGUAUCUCUUGGAUGCUAUACUUGUAUUGGUGGCAUGAGGUUGAAGAUCUCACUGUAGAUCUGCUUUUAAUUUGUGCUCUGAAGUUAAAUUAACAAACUUGUUCAUGAACUCUGCCAUCCUGCCUUCACUCCCUCUGCAGUGACUAUGGUAGUAGCAACCUCUUAUAUUGAUUGGUUCUCAGCAAUGAGUGGGAUCAUUACGCAUCUGCAGGUAACAACAUCUCGCACUAUCAAAUGUUCUUCCUUAAGGGUCUCUCGCUCACCCAAGAAAUCAAGGUAACUGAACAACUUCUCAAACUUUCUUUAAUUUGAAGAAAUUAUGUACAAAGAAGUCUCAUCUUGGUUGAAAGACUACUGAAGAUGGGGGUGGCAGGUGUGCAAGAGAUUAAAUGCGCAACUUGACUUCUUUUUGAAGGACCAUAACCCACAUUCUCUGUCAAACAGUUGCUUGACUUGCAUUAGUACUAACUUGCUGGCUAGAUAUUGGAGCCCUGUGUGGGUGGUAGAAUUUGAGACUGACCUAGAGCCUGGUGUGCUACAACAUUUUGAGUCUUUGGACGAAAUCAUGUUAUAAAGUUUAUAGGGAAGACACACUUUGGCAAUAAAGU